GAUUAUUAUGGAGCAGGGCAGGAGGAAUAGGAAGGAAUAGGAAUUAGGAAGUAGGGCUUUGCUGCUUCUUCUUCUUCUUCUUCUGAUGUUGUUGUUAUGUUAGUGUGAUGCCACCAGCAGCAUGCACCAUCUCCAUAGCCCUCCAUCGCCACUAACUUAGUUGGGCUACUCUACUCUACUCACUCAUUCCCUCACUCACUCAAUUCUCUGUUGCAACGGAGCAACUUGAGCCCCCAUUCUAGCUGCGUGCGCCGGGGACGACGACGACGGAGGAAGGAGGGAGGGGAUUGCGGCGUAGAAGGGUAGAAGGGGGCACGGGUCAUGAGGUGACAGGGCACCCACAGCGUUGUCAUUAUCAGUAUAUCAUUACUGCAGGAUUAGGGAGGAGGGAGGAGGAGGAGGGAAGAAGGAGUGGUAGGAUCCAUGGCCGCUUCGUCUUCGUGAGAUUCGCAUCACUGCUUGCGUGUUGCGAUCAUGCACAAAGACAUGGCCAUGAAGCAGAAGCCCAGCAGGAGCUCCCAGCACUUCAGGGCGAAAGCGAACAACAGGGUGGAUGAUUUGCAAUGCAUGGUUUCGGAUUUGCAACAGGCGCGGCGAGAGGGUCGUCUCAAGGAUGUGUCUAUGUUAGAGGAGCAAAUGCAUCAAAUGCUGAGGGAAUGGAAAGCGGAGCUGCGGGAGGCUUCCCCCACCAGUUCCUUGCUGGUAGCAAGUUGCUAGUCCAUGCAAUUCAGAGCUUUCGUCCGACAUGGAGCGGCUGUUGCAAUUGCAUGAUGAGGAUGACGAUGCCACUAGCAAAGCAGCUCCAAUGCCAGAAAUGGAUGAUCAGCAACCGUACAAUCAUGAUCACCCUAAUAACUCUUCUUCUCAUCAUCAUCAGGAAACUACAGUUUUGGAAGCUUUUGCGAGGAUAGAGCAGAGUCUUCAAGAAGAUAUCCAAUCUACCUCUCAAGUCGCAGCAAGUUCAGGAGGUCAUGACGGCAUCGUGCAACCCUCGACUAUGCCUCAGCACAACCCUGUGGUCCAUACCAUGUCUGAUCAUUUCUCAAUGUCAGCUAUGGUCUCUCCCUUAGCAGCUUACCUCCAUCCUAAGUGCGCUCUGUGGGAUUGCCCUAGGCCUUGCCGAGGCGGAAAUGAAGGUACUUUUUAUUGCAGUAGCUUCCACGAAGAGUUGGCCAUCACUGAAGGGGCUCCCGGCAUGUGCCCUGUAGUGAGACCGGGUGGGAUAGACCUCAAAGAUGGUCCUCUCUUUGCAGCUCUUGCAGCAAGAGUUGGUGGACAUGCCGUUGGAAUUCCUGAACUGCAAGGGGCCGCCACAUCGAAGUCUCCCUGGAAUGCUACGGAUCUCUUUGAUGUUGCUGUGCAUCCCGGUGAGACCUUACGAGAGUGGCUAUUUUUUGAUAAACCUCGGCGUGCUUUUGAAAGCGGAACUCGAAAGCAGCGAUCACUUCCCGAUUAUGGCGGACGUGGCUGGCACGAGUCAAGGAAGCAGAUAAUGAAAGAUUUGGGAGGAUUGAAGCGCUCUUAUUAUAUGGACCCCCAGCCCGAGGGUCUCAAUGAAUGGCACAUGUAUGAGUACGAGGUCAUAGCUUGCACUGAUUGUGCUCUUUACAGACUGGAACUGAAGGUGGUGGAUGCUUCGAAAAGGAGUGGGAAAGUCAAAGCUCAAGCUCAGACAGACUCAUCUGUGGCGUCGUUGCAGCACCAAAUUGGACGCCUGUCUGCCGAUUUGUCCCAAUUUGAGAGUCAAAAUCACGUGCUUGGCAAUGUUGGCGAUGGACGUGACAGCAACCGGGGGAGAGGGAGGGCUUCUCAAAAGAGAGGUCUAAUCAAGAGUCCUGGACCUGGGCCAUUAGUUAGUGCCUUGUCUGGUUCAUCAUCGAGGGAGCACACUCCAUUUAAUUACACUGCAGAGCUUCCAUGACGCUGGUUGGUGGUCUGGGAGCCUGUACUGAUUAUUUUCAUGGUUCCAGCAGCAAUUCAAGAAUCCAUCACAAGACAGUCUGUCGGCCUUUCAAGGUCAAGCAUGUUGGAUUUCUGCAGGUUUUAGGGGAGGUCUGACCUCUACAAGCUACGCCAGUAACGUGCUAUCUUCAUUAGGUUCCCGUGUUGGGGCCGAUCAAGGAUGUAAGCUUUUGCAUCAUAAUUUGUGCAGGAGCAAUUCUGAGGUCUCCAGCCUUUGCGGAGAAUGUUCAGAAUGGGUGGAGGGGUUAGCUUCAUUUCCGAUCCACUGAAGAGACCAGAUCAGUGUUUCCUGUUCUUGCUUCGACUGAUAAGUGGACAAAUUUCGCAGCCCACCUCAUGACACUGCCUGGUAGUUCCAUUUACAAGUCAUAUAAAUAUGUAGAAAGUUAUCUCAUGAGUUGCAGGAGACUCUCAUCUCUUCCAAUGGUGCGCAAAUUUCAGGUAGAUACUGUGGCUAUCAUCGUGAGUCAGCUUUUUGCAGAUUCUCUUUACUGACGGACUUCCCCUGAAUUGUGCGGAUGUGUUCCUUUUGCGAACUCCCUCACUAGGUGAUUUUGACUGAUUGGAGGGGUCGGAACCCUUCACGUUGUGGUCCCCUGGUGGAUGCUUCUGUUGUUCUAGAGUGCACAAUGAACAGAUAUGAAACUGUUAUUUUAAGUAAGAUACAUAAGGACGUUAGUGUACAGAAGUUGGUGAGAUUGUCAUACGUUCCAUUGUCGUUUGCUAUGCUAUCAAGUUGUUGUGUUGAAACAUGAACUGACUUUUUAACAGAGAUACCUGGAGUUUUUGAAACAUACUAUGCGAUAUUAGAAUAGAGACAUGUAAGAUUAUUUAGGUCCAAAAGAUGUUCGUCACUUGUCUCAUCAUGUGCAUCGUAUGUAGUAAUACAUGUAUACACAUACAUUUUGGAUUAUCUCAAAUAAAUUUCGAAUAGUGAUAGUAUUUCAAAUGA